UGCGGGUCCCUCCCCUUCCGGCGGGCGGCAAAGAUGAUGUCCGGCUCGGGGCUGUGUGAGGCACCGGGGGACGAGAUGGUGGAGAUCCGCCUGGGCGAGCGUCGCUUCCCGGCGAGGAAGCGCCUUUUGCUGGAGCAGAGCGACUUCUUCGGGGCGCUCUUCCGCUCGGGGAUGCGGGAGGCGGCGGCGGCGGGGCUGCGCCUGCGCGGAGGGCUGAGCGCGCGCGGCCUGGAGCUGGUCCUCGACUUCAUCCACUGCGGACGGAUGCCUCUCAGUGGAGAAGAGGAGGAGGAGGGAGGCGAGGAGGGGGGCUCCCUUGCGCUGGAGGAGCUCGUGGAAGCCGCCUGCUACUUGCAAGUCACGCCGCUGCUGCGCCUGCUGGCCUCCGGGCUGCGCGUGCCCAACUGCCUGCGCCUCCUCCGCCUGGCCCAGCACUACGGCCUGCGCGAGCUGAGAGAGGCGGCGCUGGCCUUCAUGGCGGCCCGAUUCCACGCCCUCCUCCGCCGCGCGGAACUUUUGCCCAGCGCCUUGCAGCAGCAGCUCCGGGAGAGGCGCCUGGCGGGAGCGACUCCUGCUUUGAUCGCCCUGGGACGCUUCGCCGGACAAAGCCACGCCAGUCCGAACCCCGAGGAGGCCUCGCUCUGCUCCGCGCUGCGCUACGAUGAGAGCGCCCGGCGCUGGCUGCCUCUUCCCGGGACCCUCCCCGCUGCGCUGGGCAAUGUGCGCGGGUAUGGCGCCGCCCUGCUGGACAACUACCUCUUCCUGGCCGGAGGGUACCGCCUCACCGCCAGCCAGGAGAUCGCCGCCGCCCACUGCUACAACCCCAGCCUCCACGAGUGGAGCCCCGUGGCCUCCAUGAACCAGAAGAGAUCUAAUUUCAAACUCUUGGCCGUGAGUGGGAAACUGUAUGCCAUUGGUGGGCAGUCCCUCUCCAGCGUUGAAUGUUACGACCCAGAACAUGACUGGUGGAACUUCGUGGCAUCAUUGCCAACCCCGCUUGUGGAGUUCUCAGCCUGUGAGUGCAAGGACAAGAUCUACGUCAUGGGAGGCUACACUACCAGAGGCCGGAAUUUGAAUAUCUUACAGUACUGUCCCAUCUCUGACAUCUGGACUAACUUUGAACAGUGUGAUAUCCACAUCCGCAAGCAGCAGAUGCUCUCUCUGGAGGACACUAUCUACAUUGUUGGAGGAUGCAUCCAUGAACUGGGAUCAGAGAAAAAAUCUAACCAGAAUGAGGACAUGUUAACUGUCCAGUCCUAUAAUAUUACCACUCGAGAAUGGCUCUACCUCAAAGAAAAUACAUCAAAAUCGGGUCUUAAUUUGACUUGCACUUUGCACAAUGAUGGGAUUUAUAUAUUGACUAGAGAUGUCACUUUGUUCACAAGCUUGGAGCACCGGGUUUUUCUUAAGUAUAAUAUAUUCACAGACAGUUGGGAAUCAGUUAGGCACUUUCCAAUUUUUGGACAAAACAUGUUGGUCUGUUCUAUCUAUUUGCCAAAUCUGAGCUGAAUGUUGAUGAACACUUUUCACUAUUGCACAAAAUGUAAUCAUUUCUUAGGAGAUUUCAUUUAAGAGUCUUCACCCUAGGAGUUGUUAUCUGUUCCAGAUGGAUCAUGUUGUAUGUCCUGAUUGUUGUUCAUAUAGUCUCUUUAAUUCUAUGCUAAUGGCAUCUAUGGUGCUUUGCAAGAAACUGCCUCCAUGGAGCGUCUAGUUGGCAACAGUGAGCGAGGCAACAAAAAGAGAGAAAGAGGCAACGUGCACAAAGACAGCUCUGUGUAUUUCAACUUUGCUUUAGUUUAGUUUGCUGGUGACGAGUAAAGGGCCAUAAUUAUGGUUUUGUGAAGCAUGGGUAGGGGCUUAGUGUGUGCUAGGGCCAAAUAUGCUGCUGUUAUGCCUACUGUGGCAUUUAGGAAAAUAUAUUUUUGAAUUAUAUUUAGUUUUUUGUUUCACUGUCUUGUCAUAACAGUCAAAGUGGCCUUUGCUGGUUUUCUUGCAUUCUCUUUCGGAACACAACAAAUGGCUGUUCUGUUAUUUUGAGGUUGGAUAUGAGAAAUAAAAAAAUGAGCAAGUACUAUAUAGGAAAGCCUCUUAAAUCCAGGGGCCUGGCCCUAUUUGGGGUCCUGUAACUAAAUAUAUGGAUCACUACUGGCGCCUCCUGUUGCUCCCCCAUCACUGCUGCUGUUGCUUUUCCUUCUAUAAAGACCCAGAGGCAUGCAAGCAAAAUGGUGGAGAACCAAGCAGCCAGCUCACCAGGUAGCCAAGCAAGGGAGACUCCCUCAACCCCCUCCACUAAGUGAAAAGGAGAUGGGGUGGGAAAGUGAUGGGGAGGAAGAAUCAAUUGGAGACGAAGCAACACGGGAGAGGAGGAUAGGGAGCUGGAAGGGGGGAUCCGGUGUGUCUGGAAGCAAAGAGCUGAGAGCUCAAGGAGGAAUGUGCAAAGUUUUGGCAGGGCUCUACCCACCCCUCCUCCAUGACAUUAUUUAUUUAUUAUUAUUUAUUUACAGUAUAUAUAUAUACCACCUUUCACACCUCUGGGGGGACUCAAAGCGGUUUACACAUAAAUAAUGGCAAGAUUCAAUGCCUUAAGUCAGGCACCGAUACGAUGCCAAUACAAGCAAUUACAAUAGUAAAACCACAAUUGAACAUAAAUCACAAUUAAAACAAUACAUCAACAAGCAUUAAAACAAUAAAAAAGUCUCGUCAGUUGAAUCGCCAUUCCAGUCAAUGUCCCUCUGAAAUGCUACAUACAUCUACUGUCCGAAGGCCUGGUCCCAGAACCAUGACUUUAAUUUUUUUUCUAAAAGCCAGGAGGGAGGGAACGGAUCUUACCUCAUUUGGGAGUGUGUCCCAUAGGUGGGGGGCCAACGCCGAGAAGGCCCUGUCUCCUGUCCCCACCAGAUGCAUUUGUGCUGUUGACGGGAGCAAGAGCACGGCCUCCCCAGAUGAUCUUAGAUUACAAGGUGGGAUGUAGGUCUGGAUGUGUUCAGACAAGUGAGUUGUGGCAGAACCAUAUAGAGCAGUGGUUCUCAACCUGUGGGUCCCCACAUGUUUUGGCCUUCAACUCCCAGAAAUCCUAACGGCUAGUAAACUGGCUGGGAUCUCUGGGAGUUGUAGGCCAAAACACCUGGGGACCCACAGGUUGAGAACCACUGAUAUAGAGCUUUAUAGGUCAAAACCGGCACUUUGAAUUGGGCUCAGAGAUGAACCAGCAGCCAGUGGAGCUGGCAUAGCAGGGGGGUGGUAUGCUCCCUGUAUGUCGAUUAGUACAGUGGUUCUCAACCUGUGGGUCCCCAGGUAUUUUGGCUUACAAAUCCCAGAAAUCCCAGUAAAUUUACCAGCUGUUAGGAUUUCUGGGAGUUGAAGGCCAAAACAUCUCGGGACCCACAGGUUGAGAACCACUGCAUUAGUACCUUCCUUCUUUACGGGCUUCCUUGAAGGGCAAGAUGCCCAUCUGGAAAGUCAACCUGCCUUUAUAGCAAACCUUGCAAAUGCAAUAGCUUGUUUUUAGAUUCCACCUAAACAUUAGGAAAGACUUUCUGAUAGUAAGAACUGUUCAACUGUGAAAUAUGAGUCCUUGGAUAGCUCCCUCUUUGGAGACUUUUUAAGCAUAGGUUGGAUGGCCCUCUGUUGAGAGGGCUUUCACUGGGUGUUCCUGCCAGAGAGAAAUGGGAUUAGACAGGAGGGCCUUUGGGGUCUCUUCCAACUCUAGAUUUCUGUGAUUCUAUGAGACCCUGAUGGGGAAAAGAGGGAGGUGGGUACGGAUCCAUUACAGGUACCUGGCCCACUCUGUAAUCUGGGACCUUUUAAAAUGAGAUAUGGACCCCGAAAACACUCCGUUAUGGUCCCUCAAUUCAGGAGAACCAACAGAGUAUGUUCUGCCACUGAGGCUGUGAACCAAGCAUUCCAGC